CAAACUGUCAGAGUUUGGUGCAGAUAUGACUCACUUUAAAGGACGAGAUGUGGCUACGUACAGAACUCUGAACAACGAGUUGACGCCUCCGUUGGCGAGUUUGGCGGAAACCCCUACGGGGGCACCUACCAUGAUCUCGUUGGACCACGAGCACGAAGACACUACCAAUGUUAUUAUUCACAAAGUGCCCAAAACCAAAGGAGGAUGGACACAUAUAGAGGACCUGGACUCCUUUUUUACACGAAUGUAUAGAUAUUAUAUCCGUGGUGGUUUUUACCCGAUGAUAUUGGCAGAUCUAUUUUAUUUACUGCAAUUUAUAUUUAUUGUGUGGUUUUCUACAUUUUUAGUGCAUUGCGUAAACUACCCAGUACUAUUUAGAACUGCAAACAUAAGUCGAUCUGAGAAAGUAACAUUAGAUCAGGUGAUACUGUCUUCAAAAGAAUGCAGGGAGGCCAUAUCAUGGAAAUGGUGGUGUCUCAUUGUAUUGUGUGGACUAAUUUGGCUAAUGAGAUUAGUGAUAUCAAUAUACCACUUAUAUUAUGCAUAUGACACAAAGUUAUUUUAUAAUAAUGCAUUGAAAAUCAAGGAGAGUGAGCUUGCAUGGAUGAACUGGUCGACUGUACAAAACCGAGUGCGGGAAGCACAGCCAGAACACCAUAUGUGUGUCCACAAACAGGAAAUCAGUGAAUUAGACAUAUAUCAUAGAAUACUCAGAUUUAAUAAUUAUAUGGUGGCAAUGGUGAACAAAAACCUGCUACCGUUACAAAUUCAUGUGCCUUGUAUUGGAGAUUUCCACUAUUUAUCAAGAGGAUUGAAGUGGAACCUGGAGUUUUUAUUGUUUUUUAGUCCCUUUAGCCCGUGGGAGAAUUGCUGGCAGCUGCGUGAAUGCUUCAAAGACCAUUCGAAGCGAAUGAUGCUAGCACGUCAACUGGAGCGCCAGAUCUUGUUGCUUGCCGUAAUUAACCUCCUCCUCGCACCACUCAUACAAGCCUGGCAGAUUCUCUACUUCUUCUUCAAUUAUGCAGAGUUAAUAAAACGAUCUCCGGGCUCGCUCGGGCUGCGGACGUGGUCGCAGUACGCGCGCAUCACUCUGCGACAUUUUAACGAACUAGAACACGAGCUUCGUGACCGGCUCAACAGAGCACACAAGCCCGCUACAAAGUACCUGGCUAGCUUCUCCUCACCCGUCACCACUGUUAUAGCCAAGAACAUAGUAUUCGUGUCAGCAAGCAUAUUGGGCGUGCUCGUCGUGCUCUCCGUAUACGAUGAAGACGUGCUCACGGUCGAGCAUGUGCUCACCAUCAUCACUGUGCUCGGGUGUAUAUUGGCCGGCGCAAGAGCUCUGAUAGGCGAGGAGGAACGUCUCGGCGGCGGGUGUACAGGUCCCCAGAGAGGCGAAGAGCUCUUUAUACAAGUACUGGGCCAUGUGCAUUACUUGCCUGCGGCUUGGCGGGGGCGUGCGCACACCAAAGACGUUGCUGCACACUUUCAGCAGCUAUUCCAGUUUCGAGCGGCAUACAUACUUUAUGAGCUGUUAAGCCCAUUGUUGUGCCCACUGGUGCUGUUGUCGCUGCGGUCGCGGGCGCUCGAUGUUGUGGAUUUCUACCGUAACUUCACUGUCAGCGUGCUCGGCAUCGGCGAUGUCUGUUCCUUUGCUCAGUUGGACAUUAGAAGGCACGGGAACCCGGAGUGGCAAAUGCCCUGCAAAUACGGUGAAAAACGAAAAGGUGCAGAGACACAGUACAACCAAGGCGAAGACGGUAAGACGGAGCUGUCGCUGGUGGCGUUCUCGUGCCGGCACCCAGGCUGGCAGCCCAGCGAGCCUGCACAGCGUCAAUUCUUGCGCUCGCUACGCCAGAGCAUGCACCACGCGUUGCCAAUCAAUAAUCCUCUCAAUAAGACCAUGCUAGGGUCGUACAUUCAGCAGAGUAUAUUCGGUGCCAACACGCCCAUGCCUGCCGUACUGUCAUAUUACCAACAUCAGAAGGAACCGUUCAGACUUCCAGAUAUGGACGAGACGAGUGACGAGGAGGAAGGAAUGUCAACAGCGCCAGCUCAUGCGGCGUCACGGUCGCUAGAUCUUGCAGGCGUCAGUAGCGCACUCGGCGCAAGCGCGUUGGGUGUCGACGCACUCGGUGCUACCGUGCCGCCCGCCGACCACAACCAAGAUAUGUCCGUUAGCACACUUCAUCUUUAUGACUUGCAUUUGUCACAGGCGAGUCAAAACGUAUCGGCAUGUUGUACGAACAACUGUAGCGAACGAUCGCGCGGCGAGACCCGCUGGGCGAGCGGAGAGAGCACGCCUCUGCUACACCGUCCCUAACACUGGUGUACCACGACCUCCCGCAUACCCCAACCGGUUUGGGUGUAGCCUAGUCUCGCGGCUGGUCCGAUUAUCGAACUGUCACCUUAUCCUUGGUGCAUUAUCUUACGCCUUAGAUCGUGCGCCUUAACAUAUGUAUAUGGUUGAAUAACUCAAAUACUCUUUUGUAAACUUCCUGGAUUACUUAAAACUAUUGUUACUACUAUUAUAUUCAUUGUGUCUAUUUAUAUUCCUAUUAUUUCUAUCUAAUCGUUGUAAACUUUUAUUGGUGAUCUCAAUGCCGUGUUUAAGGCGAAACCGUGCCAUUAAUGAUAGUGCGAAAAAUAUGGUACUCACAAUAAAUAGACAGAAAUAUAUUGUUUAUCGUAUACGUGAAAAAGUCCCAGAGUACCCGUUUUGGAGCAACUUAAAAAAAAUUUAAACACAAAAUGUAAGUUAAAUACUUACAAACAGAAGAUAAUUAUGUAUUUAGUUAUAGCGUUGUUUUCAAUAUUUAUAGUAGUCGUUUGACCACAGAGUUAUUACUAUGAGUCGCGGCGUCGCUGUUAUACAAAUCGUCAAUAUGUUUAUUGCACCUUAUUCAAGGGUCGGUUUCGCCUAAAAGUGUAUCUUUGUCAGGCAUUCUUUUACACAUGCGGUCGUAUCGUUAUAUACGCCUUAUAUUGCACGCUACGAUUAAGCAACAUUAUUUAAGCUUGAAAGUUACACCA